AUGAUAUGACAAAGCAGCUAGCUACUUCCUGUGUAGACUGAUAGCCAAUUCACAUCUAGACGGCCGCAGAGACUGCGACUACCGUGUCAUCCAAGAUGCUGGCCCUCAUAAACAGGCUGUUGGACUGGUUCAGGUCUCUUUUUUGGAAGGAAGAGAUGGAGCUGACGUUGGUGGGACUUCAGUACUCCGGAAAGACCACAUUCGUCAAUGUGAUUGCAUCAGGCCAGUUCAGUGAAGACAUGAUUCCCACAGUUGGUUUCAACAUGCGGAAGGUCACUAAAGGCAAUGUGACAAUAAAGAUAUGGGACAUAGGCGGACAGCCUCGCUUCAGAAGCAUGUGGGAGCGCUACUGUCGAGGAGUCAAUGCUAUUGUUUACAUGGUGGAUGCAGCAGACCGAGAGAAGAUAGAAGCUUCCAGAAAUGAACUGCACAACCUUUUAGACAAACCACAGCUACAAGGAAUUCCUGUUCUAGUACUGGGCAACAAACGAGACCUACCCAACGCACUUGAUGAGAAGCAGCUCAUUGAAAAAAUGAAUCUAUCUGCCAUCCAGGACCGAGAGAUCUGCUGCUAUUCUGUCUCCUGCAAAGAGAAAGACAAUAUAGAUAUCACGCUGCAGUGGCUCAUCCAGCAUUCAAAGUCACGGAGAAGCUGAAAAUGAAGCCCCCCGCCCCAGUCGCAGCUCUGGCCUCAGCCCCCUAAUGGUCAUGGGACCUCGACAGCCAUCCUUUCCACUGCCUCUGUGAAGUAAUCCAGCUAUCUGCUCACUACUGUCACCACCUGCACCACCCAGUACACUACCAUAGAUGUGCAGCCCCUGUACAGCACUACCGCCCUCCCAACUAUCUGGAGUCUUGAAAAUUUGUUUCAGUACUGUGCUAGAAGAAGGAUUGUCCAUACCCAUCAUGCCUUAUUGCCAAUCAUAAUGGACAUGCUCUGUGUUUGAGUUUUUUCCUUUUUUCCUCCUCUUUUCAAAUAGCUUUUGUUCCCCUCGACAAGCAUCUAAUGAUGUGUGCUUUUCCCCAGCUACACCAGGAUGGACCUCCUCUAAUCCCACAUUUAAACAACCGUGCUGUGGCUUGUCAACAUUUGGUGUUUACGUGACAAGGUCGUGAUUGUAGUUUUUAACAGUUAUUUGCCAAAUGACGAUGGUAGCUUGUGCUAAUACCUUCAACUCUUGAUCAAAUCUUCACAAUGUAGCCUGCAUUUAAUUUGCUGGUGUACGAAAGUAUCUAUUUUAUUAAGUGACUUAAGUCAAAGUUUACACAUGAUGUAAUGAUGAAUAGAGGGUGAGACUGUGAGUGGUUGUUGUGUCUGAGGCAAAAUCCUGAGAUAGGUCAGCAGAGAUUUAAGUGCCUUUGGCUCAGUGAGUGUUCCAAUCAGACAGAUAUUGCCCAAUGCGACUCCUAACCCACUAUUAUAAAUAAACACUUGGUACAGACGGAGCAUAAAUCCCUUGAUUACACUUAACACCACCCCUCGACAAUCCCAUUUUAUGUUCUGUAAUCUCAUAAACACAUUACGAUGUCUGAGAAAAGACAUUACUGUGCUCACGAUGAAAAACGAAUAAUGACGGAUGAUGCAAGGUCAAUAAGAGAAUGUUACAUUUGGUUUGGUUGACGGGUAAUUUGAAUGCUGUCUCACCUGUAGCCUGCGACACUUUAAUGUAGCUUGAAAUGUGGGCUAACUUUUUCUUGCAGUUCUCAGGUUGUUAAAGGAUUUUCUGUCGUUUUUUUUUUAUUUAACACAGUAUGGGUGCGCCCAAGUAUCUGUUUCAUAAUCCCUAUUUUGUUCGGGUUGGAUAACAGAAAGCCAGUGUUAGUCAUGAUGACGGAGCUUACGGAGAACAGAAGACUCCUUUAGUUCAAAGCGUUGGGUGUUUGAUGUCACCCAUGCCUUUGCCACACCCUUGUCUGAACCCUGAUGUCUUUUUGUGGAAGCCUUAGCAACCUAAGGACAAUGCUGUCUCUUAAAAUGAUGUAUUGAUUGAUUUCCUUUCAGCGACAAGACAAUGAUUUUGCACAGGUUUGAUCACUGUAUAUUAAUCUGCCCCUUGCUUGGCCAGUGCAUCUUGAUCAAUUGCUUUAUUUUCUGUGUGUGUGAGUGUUGCUGGAUCGGGGUGAGUUAACCCUGCUGCUUCAAUGCUGUAUGUAGGCCCACAUGGCUUCUGCAUUUCACUGUAAUGAUUUCUACAGAUCCACCACACGCUCUUGUCAUCUCACACGUUGUUCUGUGUCUGUUGGUGAUCGUCGUAACCCUAAGUGUCGAUUGUUGGGACCACAGCAGCAGUGAGGGGCUGUAAAAAAAAUAAAUAAAUAUUUGGGUGACUGUGUGGGUAAUUUGGGGAAAGCUUUGUUACCUGUGUAAUAAUAUAGCCUAUUUGCAAUUUGUAUGUGCAUGUGCUGAACUUAUUCACAUUCAAUUGCAGACUUUGUAAAUAAGAUUAGCAUUUUUAUUCCAACAAACAAGCUCCUGUAGAUGUCAUGCAUUCUUUCCCUGUGAUUGCUAAUAAAUUUGUUUUUAUUUUUAAGGAU